UUCGUGACAUGUCAAUUUGACUGAAAAAUGAGAUGGCAGCAAACAUCGACAAAGUUAAGAUCGUUGUUGUUGGUGAUUCAGGAGUCGGGAAAACGUCAUUAGUGCAUUUGAUAUGUCACCAACAGCCUACAAACAAUCCACCAUACACGAUAGGAUGCUCGGUAGAAGUGAAGUUACAUGAUUACAAGGCAGGGACUCCUGGAGAGAAGACUUAUUUUAUAGAAAUGUGGGACGUCGGAGGGUCGACAAGUCAUCAGAAUAGCCGCUCCAUAUUCUAUCAUUCUGUUCAUGGUAUACUGCUUGUUCAUGACUUGUCCAACAGAAAAUCUCACCAGAAUCUGAGGAAAUGGCUGGCAGAGGUCAUCAACAAAGGAAACACUAAAGACUUCAAUGGAGGGGAUUAUGAUCCCGAGCUAUUUGCUGGGAUUCAGAUCCCUAUAAUGGUGGUAGGAUGUAAGGCUGACCAGGCUCAAAAUCUACGAGAGAAAUCACCUUCAGGACGCUCAUCCGUGGCCGAGGAGUGUGGGGCCGAUGAAUUCAAUCUUGAUUGUCACCAAGUCAAACAUAUAUCCCCAGGAUCCACUAAUGCUGUCAAACUGACCAAAUUUUUUGAUAAGGUGAUAGAGCGGCGGUACCACAGUAGAGAUGGCGGUAACCAGGGGCACAUAACUCCAACUAUGGAAAGAAAAAGAUUCUUCAAAACAUCGCAUAUAGACUGAUACUGACCAAAAAUUUAUUUCUCUUUGUCAAGUGCAAUAUUAAAUGUAUUUUUUGUAGAAUA